CGUGCUUUUGAUGUCAACAGCUGACUUGGGAAGCGCUCGUGCGAACAACUUAUUUUGUUCUUACUAAGUGUUUUAUACUUGGAAACAGGAAAGCUCCCUCUGGUGGAUGCACCACGCAAGAAGCGUGUUCGAGCGCCCUGACCGCCUCGCCUAACUACUGCAGUGCCCGCCCGGACAUGGCUGCGCUGCUGCUGCUGCUGGCCUUGGGCUGCCUGGGCGCUAGUGCGGCCAGCUGGCCCACUGGCGGGCCCACUGGCCGGCCCACUGGCCGGCCCACUGGCCGGCCCACCGGUGGGCCCGCGGGCUGUCCCGUCGCGCGACUCGGUCUCAGCGGCAGGAACGACCUCUCGGGCUCCUGGAUCUCUCACGUGGGCGACACCGAGAUAAAUAUUACUCACCAUACGAAUGCAUCAGAUGAAUAUCCUUGGAGCUACCAAGAUUGGGAAGUCAACAUAAGCCUCUGGAACCCGAGCUGCGCUGCUCAGAAGACGGAGCGACAAGAAUCCCACACUGACUGGGGCUACGAUGCAAUAGUUGUCGAUAUAAAUGCUCGUCCACAUCAAUCCCACGCAUUUCCACCAGAAGCAGCGAAAGCCCGCAGGCCGCGGUACCAGGGCUACACGCGGCUGCCUGGCCUGGGGCUGUACAAGCUGCACAGCGAGCCCCGCUGCUGGUCCGAGGCCGCGGACACGUGUGACGACGAGCAGGCGUACCUGGCCGCCGCCAACUCCUGGCCCGAGGCUGAAGCCCUGCGGCGCCUCUUGGCGGCCUCGCCCGCUGCUUUCCUGGGCCUCAGCGACCGCCAGUCGGAGGGCAGCUUCGUCAGCGUGCUGGGUGCGUGCCCUUCGCUCCUUGCAGCUGAGCGCUCAGGAGAGCGCAUGCAGGACCUGGGCUAUGACCGCUGGGCCGAGGGCGAACCAAGCUUGGGUCACGGCAAGCACUGCGUGGCUAUAUCACGCAGCGGUCUGCUGAGCACCGAGCAUUGCGACACAGCACUGCCCUUCCUGUGCGAGGCCUGGCUGCUGGACUGAGCACUGCGCUUCUCUUCCUGUGUGAGGACUGGAUGCUGGACUGAGCACUGCGCUUCUCUUCCUGUGUAAGGCCUGGCUGCUAGACAGAGCGCUGCACUUCCUGUGUGAGGACUGGAUGCUGGACUGAGCACUGCGCUUCUCUUACUGUGUAAGGCCUGGCUGCUAGACAGAGCGCUGCACUUCCUGUGUGAGGACUGGAUGCUGGACUGAGCACUGCGCUUUUCUUCCUGUGUAAGGCCUGGCUGCUAGACCGAGCACCGCACUGAACUUCCUGUGCAAGGCCUGGCUGCUAGACCGAGCACCGCACUGAACUUCCUGUGCGAGGCUUGGCUGCUGAAAUGAGCGCUGCACUUCACUUCCUGUGUGAGGUCUGGCUGUUGGACUGAGCGCUGCGCUUUUCUACCAGAGCGAGGGAUUUUGCGCGGGGGCCUACUAGUUCUCCGUAUGUCCACUUCUCCGAAUUGCCACUUCUCCAAACAAUCAGUUCUCUGACUUUAGAAAAAAAGGGGGUCACCUUGUUUUUAACCAAUAUCAACACGGUAGUACGUUUCCCGUUACUGAUGACAGUUUUCACUUUAUGAAUGAGACAAACAACGGGAAAUCGUGUUUCUAAGUAUCUACAUAAUGCAGCUAAGUACAUUAUUAUUUUCUCGCAUGUUGCCUGUUGUGCGCAUGUAUACGUGUACGUGCGCUCAGGGCGAGUUGAGUACGGCGAGGCAUGAAGUAGGGUAAUUAAUUUGAUAGAUGAAUAGUUUCUUAUGAUUAAUUAAUUAAAAAUGUAAUGCCUUAAUUGUAUUUGUUUUUUUUUAUUACUUAGAUUUUUCAACUAAAUAAGAUGAAAUCUUUGAAGAAUGUUUUUGUUACUUCAGUCACUACACACUUUGUGAGCUUACACUUUAUUUGUUCCUUUAUUUUGAAUAAAUUCUGCAAUUUCUUUUA